CCUCUCCCAAAAAGCAAGUGUUGAAAACUCUUCGGAAAGCAACUCUGACUUGAACAAGCAUUACAACAUACGACGCAUCGAACGCCGCGUCUUCUUUCCGUCAUGGGCUGUCGCCAUAGCAAAAAGCAAACAGUCGACUUCUCGGAAGUAGACAGGCUGAGGGAAGAACUUGGGAUAUCUGAUUCAAAGAACAUACUGUCCUCGAUGAGAAAAGUCUCGUCGGCUGUGGGACUCCCUCCGGAAAUGAUGGAAAAUUGGGCAAAACAGGCGAAGCCCAUCAUGCAGAACAUGAUACACACGGACGCGACUCCGAAAUUAAGCAAACAGGUUCUGGCGACUGCCGCUGUGGUCAUGGGUACGAAAUUGUCCUACAAACAGCAAGCAACUCACCUGAUGAAUGUAUUUGUGCAACCAUUGCAAGAUGUUUCAUCGUUCACGGCGCCCGUUUAUCCGAAGACAAAAGCCGAGAAGAAUCUCAUCCGUGAAGCCCUGAAAGCAAAUUUCAUUUUUUCGACAAGUUCCGAGCGAGAACUGCGAACCUUCAUCGACGCCUUUGAAGAAUCCGACGUCACUGCAGGAGACAAAAUAAUCGUUGAAGGAAAUGUAGGCGAUUACUUUUAUGUUCUAAAGAAAGGCAAGGUACGAUUCGAAGUCAAUAGAAAAGCUGUCGGGUACGCGGACGAGGGCAAAACCUUCGGUGAAUUGGCGCUCCUCUACUCUUGUCCGAGGGCUGCGUCUGUAAUUGCCGAGACAGAUGCGACAAUAUACCGUGUUGACCAGAAGACCUUUCGAUACAUAAUGCAGUCCCAAACAAUGAAAACGGAGCAAGCGAAAAAAGAAUUGCUGCAGGGCAUAGAUUUUUUGAAGAUUUUAGAUCCGACGGACAUCGACAAGCUGGUAGACAUCAUGACACCACGGGUUUUUGAAGAAGGAGAUUGCAUUACGAAAUUGGGCGACGAAGGAGACACACUGUAUGUGAUACAAGAAGGGAAAGUAAGAGUAACCGAAGUCAACGUUCAUUCUAUCAAAAAGGUGAACCAGGAGUUGGGGCCUGGGGAUCACUUUGGGGAGACCUCAUUACUUCACAAGGAGGAGGACGCAAAAUGUUCAACUUUUAUUGCAAUCACAGAAGUGUUAGCCUUGUGUAUUGAUACCGAUACAUUCCAGAAAGUGGUUGGUGAUAUUGUUGAAUUGGCGACCCAGUCRAAAGAGAAAGCCAUAUUGGUACGACUUCGCAUUUGUGGAAAUUGCGCUCUGCACUCCGSUCUAGCUAUGCUUCUCAUUUCGUUUUGCCAAAUUUGUGUUGCUUCGUGUGUUUUGCGUUUUAUGUGUUUUCUUGGGGGAUAUCAGGCAGACGUUCCGAUCCUCAAGAGGAGUGGUCUUUCGAAACCGAUUUUCGCUGCUCUUGCAGCAUCGUUUGUCGAAAUACGAUAUCCACCAAAAUCCACCGUGAUGGUAGAGGGAGAGAAAACAACCGCUAAUCUCUAUGUCGUUCGAGCUGGAAAGUUGGUACUGAAGAGCCAGGGGGAAGAAAGAUUGAUCGAAUCCGGUGGGAUUUUCGGAGAGGACAUGCUCAAAAUCGACGAUGAGGGUUUGAAAACGACAGCGGAGUAUGAUUCCAAACACACAGUCACAACUCUGGACGGAUCCGUGGUCGUUGGCGCGCUAUCUAUCGAAUCUUUUCGAAAGGUCCUCGACACAACUGCUCUGGGAACAAAAGAGACGAGAUCCAAAACCGACGACAAUCCGAUUUUGCUGGAGGAUCUCGUGCGACACACGAUCAUUGGCGCGGGGACCUUUGGCCAGGUAUGGCUCGUUUCGCAUUCCGGGGAAGACAAGGAACGGCGGCCGUACGCACUGAAAGUCCAAUCGAAGUUCGAGCUGAUCAGAACCCACCAGGCCGCGGUGGUGGUGCAGGAAAAGAAAAUAAUGGAGGCGCUGAACCAUCCGUUCCUGACGCACCUCGCCGCAACCUUCCAAGACAAGAAAUUCAUCUACAUGCUCAUGAAUUUUGUGCAGGGGGGAGAACUGUACAGUCUCUUGCAUUCGAAUACCCGUGACGGCAUGGACGAAAACCAUGCCGUGUUUUAUGCGGCCGGAAUCCUAGACGGCCUGUCGCACAUGCAUCGGCACCACAUACUGUACCGCGACCUGAAACCGGAGAAUGUGAUGAUCGACGAGGACGGCUAUCCGAUCGUUAUCGAUUUUGGAUUUGGUACGUCUCGAUGAUUUUGGGUUGUCCAGAGCAUGGCACCAGACGCCUUCGUUCCAACARCAUCCAUCCCCCAUUCCUGCUUACUCAACCAUUGUUUCUCUUGCYUUUUUUGUUCGCAGCCAAGUACGUGAAGAGGAAAACGUACACGCUGUGCGGAACUCCACUGUACCUAGCCCCCGAGGUGAUUCUGAACCACGGGCACGACAGGGGGGCGGACCACUGGUCGUUUGCUGUGCUGGCGUACGAAAUGAUCGAGGGAACGACGCCCUUUUACCGGCCCGGAUUGGACCAGAUCCAGCUGUUCCGGCGCAUCUGCCGGGUCAGGUAUUCCUUUCCCGGGGACAGCGGGGCCUCGCCGGAAGCGAGGGACCUGGUCGGCUUGCUGCUGGUCCUCGAUCCCUCGCAGCGCCUCGGCGCCCUGGCCGGUGGAAUCAACGAGAUCUACGCCCACCCGUGGUUUGGUGGCAUCGACUUUGGCAAGCUCCGGCAGAAGGAGGUCACCGCCCCGUGGGUUCCGGCUUUGGCCGACCCGCUGGACACCGCGAACUUCGAAAACUGGGACCACCUCGAGGACCAAACCACCAAGGGUGCAAGCGUGCCGGUCGUCUCGUCGGAGCAACAGAGGAUAUUCGAAUCCUUUUGAGCGCCGGAGGCAGCAGCAAGCAGCGGCAAGAACCCGACGCAAACGGAACAGCAAAGAAGAACUUGAUGUUGUGUUGCUGUUGUCGUUACUUGGUAUCGUCGACUCAAAAGCAGUCGUACUACCAGCAGAAGUACGUAGUAGUAAUAUAAUAGUACUAGUAAUGCUAUUGUCAAUGCUGAUGCUACUAAUAUCAUUGUUCGUCUACUUGCAGAUGUAAUGCUAGGUACUUCGUACGAAGUAGUAGUAGUAUUGUCCUUGUAGUCUACUGUAUUAGUAGUAAGUAUCGGUACUACCAGUGCUUCCCAGUAGCAUGAGGUACGGUCGGUAUGGGCGUCUGCGCGAUUUCCAAUGUUCGGGUGAACUAUGCACGAGUACAAUCCAGUACUACUUCUAGUCAACCGAGUCGAAACCUCCAAACAUGCCGAUCUUCUUCGAAUAAAGUCUCACGUCUCAUCCAGUUCGGCCUGCCUGUCGUUCCAUCUUCGACGAUUCUUGGGAUACAUACCGGUAGGUACGGUACGUACGAAUACCGUACCGUAGUCUCGAUUGUAUUCUAUUCGAUUGACUACGAGGUACCGUACGGUACGAGCUAGUAUGAAAGUCUCGGAUGGCUUUUGAUUCAUUUCAUUCUUCCCCGUUCCGACGUUUUCUCGUUUUCUCACAAUCCAUCCAGAAAAUUUCAAUCGUACCAUACGAUACGAUACGAUACGAUACGAUACCGAACGAGCAACCCUCGGCGGUCUCGACAAUCCCCACAAACCCAGGAAGGAUCGGACAAGAGAGAAGUAUGCUGAGAAUCGGAAUCCGAAACACCCGUGCGGUGGCAUGGUCGAGGCAGGGUCGCCGGUCAUCUUUUCGGGUGUCGCCGCAGCCACGCGAUCUCCGAUUCUUUUCCGGCGGCAGCGCCAAUGGUGACAGCAACAGCAACAGCAACAGCAACAGCGACGGCAACGACAGCGACAGCGACAAUGGCAAUGGCAAUGGCAAUGGCAAUGGAAAUGGAAAUGAAAACGACAACCACAAAGAUAAUAAUAACGACAACAACGACAACGGCAGGCCCUAUUUUCCGGCAAUCGUUCCCAGCAAGGUGCCCUCGCGUGUGGGAUACGGCGACGAGGCCCCCCGCAUGCCGCACGUCCUGGCCCUCCCGGUGACGAAUCGCCCCCUCUUCCCGGGGGUCGUGACGUCCGUGACGCUGACCGAGCCGGCGACGAUCGAUGCCCUCGAGAAACUCCAGCGGGAGAGCGAGGGGGAGAACGUGUACAUCAGCGCCUUUCUCAGGCAGAAGAACCCCACGGGCGUUUCCGAGGGCGGCGUCCUCCUCCCGUCCCCCGAGGUCAUCACGGAUCCCUCGGACCUGUACUCGGUGGGGACCUUUGCCCAGAUCCACCGGCUGACCCGGGGGGUGGGCUCCGGAUCGGUGGCGCCGCACCACGGGGGCGUUCCCGGCGGCUCGGGCGGCCUGGGAGACGAYGAGGCCGCUCCGGCAGGGGGCCACGGGGGGGAUUCCUCGGCGGGAGGAGGGGCGGGAGGCCAUUCCGACGAGGAGGGGUCCUCCUCCGCGGCGUCGGUCCUGCUGCUGGCGCACCGCCGGGUCAACCUAGAGAGCGUCGACAGCCUGGGGCCCCCCAUCGACGCGACGAUCUCGCACUGGCCCCGACUGGACUACACCGGGCCGAUGUCCUCGCCGGACGACACCAUACGGGCGCUCAUCAACGAGAUUCUCAGCACCAUCCGGGAGGUGGCCCAGAUCAACCCGCUCUUCCGGGAGAACGUACAGUUCUUYUCCGGGCGCCUCGACGCGAACGAUCCCUACCGCCUCGCCGAUUUCGCGGCCAGCGUCUGCUCGGCCGGGAGCAACCCGGAGGACCUGCAGGCCGUACUGGAAGAGAAGGACGCCGAGAUGCGCCUCCACAAGGCCCUCGUCCUGCUCUCCAAGGAACGAGAGGUCAGCAAGCUGCAGCAGGAAAUACAGUCCAAGGUCGAGGAAAAGAUGAGCGAAUCGCAGCGCCGCUACUUUCUGAUGGAGCAGCUCAAGUCGAUCAAGAAGGAACUCGGAAUGGAGCGGGACGACAAGGAAGCGGUCAUCGAAAAGUAUCGAARGCAGCUAGCAAACUACUCGGAGAUCCCGGAAGAGGUCAACAAGACCAUCGAGGCAGAGCUCGAGAAGCUCUCUUCGCUGGAAAUGAACUCCAGCGAGUACAGCAUCACGCGCAACUACCUCGACUGGCUCUGCGGGGUUCCGUGGAACGUCACCAGCGACGAAAACUUUGACAUCCAGGACGCAAGGAAGAUCCUCAACCGCGACCACUACGGGCUCGACGACGUCAAGGACACGAUCCUGGAAUUCAUCGCCGUUGGCAAGCUCAAGGGCAGCGUGCAGGGAAAGAUCAUCUGCCUCUCGGGGCCCCCGGGGACCGGCAAGACGAGCAUCGCCAAGUCGGUCGCGGCGGCGCUGGGCAGAGAAUUCUACCGGUUCUCCGUCGGGGGCCUCAGCAACGUCAGCGAGAUCAAGGGACACCGAAGGACCUACGUGGGAGCGAUGCCCGGAAAGAUCGUCCAGGGCCUCAAAAAGACGGGGACCUUCAAUCCCGUCGUGCUCAUCGACGAAAUCGACAAGCUCGGGCACAGCCACCAGGGAGAUCCGGCCUCCGCCCUCCUGGAGGUCCUGGACCCGAGCCAGAACAACGCCUUUCUCGACCACUACCUCGACGAGCCCGUCGACAUCAGCAAGGUUCUUUUCAUGUGCACCGCCAACGAGCUGGAGCGCAUACCGGAGCCCCUCCUCGAUCGCAUGGAGGUCAUCCGGCUGUCCGGGUACGAUUUCCCCGAGAAGGUGGCCAUCGGGGAGCAAUACCUGGUCCCCAAGUCGAUGAGGGAGAACGGCCUGCUCGUCGAAAAAACCAGUGGUGCGGGAACGACGGACGCAGAUGCAGAACCAUCGGAAGCGGGGGAUGCCGAAACGCCCGACCGGGCCGGUAUCGACGACCCGGAAUCAUCGGACCAAGCCGGCAGUAGCUCCGAGAGCUCGUCGACCGAUCGGCCCGAGCUAACCACCCCUCUGGGAACCUUUGUGCUUCCCGAGAGCGUUCCUCCGACCCUGGGAAUUUCCAGGGACGCCAUCGAGAGCCUGGUGCGAUGGUACGCCCGCGAGGCCGGGGUUCGCAACCUCUCCAAGUACAUCGACAAGGUUACCCGGAAGCUCGCCCUCCAGGUGGUCGCGGAAGGUGAGGGCACGGAGCUCACCAAGAAGAGCCGGCGGAAAUCCGAUUCCUGGACGGUGACGGAGGACAACCUCGAGGACUACGUCGGGAAGCACAUUUUCACGAGCGAUCGCUUGUACGAUAGGGAUCCUUUGCCCGACGGGAUCGUCAUGGGGUGAGCAAAGCACCGCUUGUGCGGCAAGGGAGCACGCCCGAAAAAAGCGCAAAGCACCGGUCUUCCGGGACGCGGCAGCCGCACCGGCCAAUCUCACGUCUUUUUUGUUGUUGUUGUUGUUUUCAAUGAUGAUCUUUUUGCGAUCACAGGCUGGCGUACACCGCCAUGGGCGGCAGUGCCCUAUACAUCGAAACCCAGGGAAUCAAGCGCGGGUUAGAUGAGAAGGGAAACCCGCGCGGAGGUGGGACGCUAAAGGCCACKGGGAACCUCAAGGACGUCAUGAAGGAAAGCUCCCAGAUAGCCUACACCGUGGCACGUGCUCGCUUGUCGGAGAUCGAUCCAAGCAACGAUUUCUUUGACAAAACCGACCUCCACAUGCACGUUCCGGAGGGCGCUACACCGAAGGACGGUAGGUUUUGCACUAAUCGAUCUCAUGUCGUCUCGUGUUGCUCGGAACUUAUCCAUGGUGUGUCGGUAUGCUAACAAUUUUUGUCAUCCCCUUGCGAUUCUGCUCGCUCUCGCAUAUCGUAUAUCGUAUAUCGAAGGUCCAUCCGCUGGAAUUGCAAUGGUAACAUCGAUGCUUUCUCUUGCCCUAGGAAAGCCAAUAAGGAACGACUUGGCUAUGACGGGAGAAGUAAGCUUAACAGGCAAGGUUCUUGCAGUUGGCGGGAUAAAGGAGAAGAUAAUGGGCGGAAGACGAGCCGGAAUAAAGUUGAUUAUCCUACCGGAUGCAAACCGAAGAGACUACGACGAAAUUCCGGACUACUUGAAAGAAGGCUUGGAGGUCCAUUUUGCAGAAAAUUACGAGACAGUGUACGAAGAAGUAUUUGGAAAUGAAUAGAAUAAAUCUCUAAUUUUGAA